CCCUCUUUCUCUGAUGCUAUGUUUUGCCGCGUGUUCUCUACUUCAACCAUAUACUCAAUUUUAAUACGAUUAAUUCCAGACUUCAUUGAUGCAUAUAAAUAUCUCUGCAAAUCACCAUUUCAUUAAUCAAUCUAAACUAUAUAAUACAUACAUAUAUUUACUUUCAUACCAUAAUCAUCAUUUCAAACUCAAGCACAGCAGCCACUUAUAAAUAUCUCUCAAAAUGGAUCAUGAACCUCCCUUUCUCAACACUUACAAGACCCUUCUGGAAAAAAGUUCAGAAAAUGAUGAUGAUUUGUACUCAAUGGUAGAAAAAAGUGAGGAACUACCUUUGAUUGAUCUUGAGAAGUUAUUAAACCCUCAUGAGAGAGAUGAAUGCAUGAAAGAAAUAAGUGAAGCUGCAAGUGAAUGGGGUUUCUUUCAAGUUAUUAAUCAUGGAAUUUCAAAGGAGGUUCUAGAGAACAUGAUAUCUGAACAAAAAAAAUUGUUCUAUCAACCUUUUGUGAAUAAAUCCGAUGCAAAAAAUUUCUUUAAUUUGUCUCCAAAAGCAUAUAGAUGGGGGAAUCCAUGUGCAACUAAUCUUAGACAAAUUUCUUGGUCAGAAGCAUUUCAUUUUUCUCUGACAGAUUUUUCAAGUAUGGAUCAACACAUAACUUUGAGAUCAAGCCUUGAAGCUUUUGCAACAAGAAUGGACACUCUUGGUGAAAAUUUGGCAAAUAUUUUGGCCCUCAAAUUGAAUAUGAAAUCCAACCAUUUCCAAGAAAAUUACUUGCCAAAAAGUUCUUUCAUUCGGCUCAAUAGAUAUCCUCAAUGCCCUAUACCUUCAAAGGUGUAUGGACUAUUGCCCCAUAGUGAUACUAGUUUCCUUACCAUCCUCUAUCAAGACAUUGUUGGUGGCUUGCAAUUGAAGAAAGAUGAAAAAUGGGUUGGUGUCAAGCCUAAUCCACAAGCUCUAGUUGUUAAUAUUGGUGAUUUAUUUCAGGCAUUGAGCAAUAACGUUUACAAAAGCAUAAAACACAGAGUGGUUGCUGCUGAACAUGUAGAGAGGUUUUCUACAGCAUUUUUCUAUUCCCCCUUCGAAGAUGCAAUUAUACAAAGUGAAAACAAGCCAACCAUAUACAAAAAAUUCACUUUGAGAGAAUAUAGAAAGCAGAAUGAGAAAGAUGUCAAGCAAACGGGGGAUAAAGUGGGCCUCUCUAGAUUUAUUAUCAUUUAGAAAUUUACCGUUGGUAAAAUUCACUCUCAUAUUUAAUAGUUUUUAUAAAAUCAUGCUGAAUGUGGUUCAAGAGUAAUAGAAUAAGUGUUGAUAGCAGCAAUUAUAGAAUUUUUGUUUCCAGAUAAAUGACAAAGUUAAGUCAUCAAUUGUAGUAAUAUUUUAUGAAAUGGUAAACAAUUUAAGUAAGGUUUAAGUUGUAAUUAUUUUUUAA